AUGCGUGAUCGCCACGCGCACCCGGCAAUUCUACUCGUUGCGUGGCUGUUUGUUGACAAUUCUAUGGUUCGAGAACCACGAAGUGCAUCUGCCGCUCCCGACUACGCUGCGCAGCAGCGCCGGACUUGCAUUUCUUCAUAUUUCUUCCAAGUGGUGAAACUGGCGCAGCCUCCCCAGCCUCCGCACAUCGCAACGGCUCAGGCUCAUUGUGGUGCUUUCGAGGAGAUGUCCCUCGAAUUGGACUAUCGCAACACUUUCAUCACCGUCCAGGAGGAGCCCCUGGUGCAGCUGAAGCGCCGAGCCUCCAGCGUCCCGCCAAGGCUUGGCCACGUUGCGCUGGAGUUCGAUUGCCCAGCACAGCAACAGGAGGCGGAGGACGGGCGCUACGUGCAGUCUCUCCAGAAGAAGCUGGAGCCCAUCUUUGCUUGCAAAGCGGAGCCUCAGAAAGCUGACGAGUACGAGGAGUCUACGGCCGAGACGAAUGCCCCGUCGGAGGAGAUAACUUCCGAGGGUGAGUCGUCAGAGAUGUCGGCUGAGGACAAGCCCAAGUGCAAUCCGGGAAGUGCAGGUCAUCCGGAGCUGUGCCGCCGUCCCUGCAUCUACUUCGCCCUUGGCCAGUGCAUCAACUUGGCGGACUGCAACUUCUGCCACUUGCCGCACAACAACCGCUCGGCAACUUUGGACAAGAACCAGCGUCAGGUGAUCAAGGAGAUGAGUCAGCAUGAGUUCUUGAGUGUGGUCACCCGAUGCCUGCAGUCCAAGGCGGUCGAGGGCGGUUUCGAGCUUGAAGCGCAGGAUGUGCUGCAGCUCUUCAAGGCACAGCUUGGCCAACUGAGGGCAACUCCGAGCAAGGUACCCAAGACCAAAGUCAUGAACUUCGAGAAAGCUCUCGCCCGCAUGACCUUCUUCAGCGUCGCGAGCCUGACCUCCCGCGUGAACCUGAGCAGCGACUUUAUUGACACGUGCAAGGAGAGGGUGGUAGCUUUCGGCUGGCUGGCCUUGCAUCCAGCUGCGGGUGCUUGCAAGCAAAGACGCAAUCCAGGCAAUCCUGAGACGGUUGUUCGACGCCGCCCGGACAUCUGCGCUUUGAUCAAAGCGGCAUCCGCAUCCAGCCUAGUGGGGACUCGUCCCGCGGGGCUGCAUGCAGCCUCUUCUGCGGAAGGUCUUGCGGAGCAGGGCCUUCCAUCCUUACCAAACGGCUUCGCACGCGGACCUGCGGCAGCCGCAAUGCAGGACAGAGAUGGACAGAGCAGUCACAGCAGUCAAGAGGCUCAUUUUGGCAAGGCUCAUUGUGGUGCUUUCGAGGAGAUGUCCCUCGAAUUGGACUAUCGCAACACUUUCAUCACCGUCCAGGAGGAGCCCCUGGUGCAGCUGAAGCGCCGAGCCUCCAGCGUCCCGCCAAGGCUUGGCCACGUUGCGCUGGAGUUCGAUUGCCCAGCACAGCAACAGGAGGCGGAGGACGGGCGCUACGUGCAGUCUCUCCAGAAGAAGCUGGAGCCCAUCUUUGCUUGCAAAGCGGAGCCUCAGAAAGCUGACGAGUACGAGGAGUCUACGGCCGAGACGAAUGCCCCGUCGGAGGAGAUAACUUCCGAGGGUGAGUCGUCGGAGAUGUCGGCUGAGGACAAGCCCAAGUGCAAUCCGGGAAGUGCAGGUCAUCCGGAGCUGUGCCGCCGUCCCUGCAUCUACUUCGCCCUUGGCCAGUGCAUCAACUUGGCGGACUGCAACUUCUGCCACUUGCCGCACAACAACCGCUCGGCAACUUUGGACAAGAACCAGCGUCAGGUGAUCAAGGAGAUGAGUCAGCAUGAGUUCUUGAGUGUGGUCACCCGAUGCCUGCAGUCCAAGGCGGUCGAGGGCGGUUUCGAGCUUGAAGCGCGGGAUGUGCUGCAGCUCUUCAAGGCACAGCUUGGCCAACUGAGGGCAACUCCGAGCAAGGUACCCAAGACCAAAGUCAUGAACUUCGAGAAAGCUCUCGCCCGCAUGACCUUCUUCAGCGUCGCGAGCUUGACCUCCCGCGUGAACCUGAGCAGCGACUUUAUUGACACGUGCAAGGAGAGGGUGGUCAGCCUACGACAGAGGCUCGCCGAGUGA